AGUUGACUUAUUUAAGUAAAUUACACCAUGGUUUUGCAUAAACAGCUCUGAAAGGUACAGUAGCUGUUUUAGGAUUCAUCAGACCCUAGUUUGAUUUAGGCUUAUGAGCUGUUCUUCCGCUGUUCUGCUGCUGCCUGUGAGGUGAGUCGUCACCUGCAUUUGUAGCAUUACAUUUUUCAGGCUCUGCUGAAUGCAGUCCUGAAAGGCUGCAGUUAUAUCAGCUAAAGGAAAUAAAAACAGUCUGUACAUUGAACUCUGAUCUUUGAACAAUUGUUUUACACUGAGCAGAGCGUUCUGCAUUCAUUGCUUCCACCAUGGCAGGAGAAACUGAUCCCAGCUCUUUCUCAUCAUUUCAAAAGUGCAUCACAAAACAUUUAAAUCUUAAGUGGCAUGUCGAUUUUAACAGUCAUGUUAUUAAAGGAAGUGUUGCACUGACCAUUGAGUCUCUAGAACAGAAACUAUCUUCUCUGGUACUAGAUACUAAGGACUUAACUAUACACAGAGUUAUUACUAAUGGGCAAGAAGCCAAAUUUUCUCUUGGGGCAAAACAUGCAUUUAAAGGAAGCGCUUUGGAUAUUACUCUUCCAUUUGAGAUGGAAAGGGGACAGCAGGCUGUAGUGGAGAUAUUUUAUGAAGCCUGUCCUGAAGCAUCAGCUCUACAAUGGCUCAACCCAGAACAAACUGCAGGCAAACAGCAUCCCUAUCUCUUCAGUCAGUGCCAGGCCAUUCACUGCAGAUCCAUGAUACCUUGCCAGGACACACCUUCAGUAAAAUCAACAUACUAUGCUCAGGUAUCUGCUCCAAAGGAACUAGUUGCCCUCAUGAGUGCUCAGCGUGAUGGAGAAGAGCUGGAUCCCCAAGAUAAAAGCCGGAAAAUAUUCAGAUUUAGACAAACUGUACCCAUGCCAAGCUACCUUAUUGCGGUGGUUGUUGGGGCAUUAGAGUGGAGACAGAUUGGUCCACGGAGUAGAGUGUGGUCUGAGAAGGAGAUCAUAGACAAAGCUGCAUAUGAAUUUUCAGAGACUGAGACUAUGCUGAAGACAGCAGAGGAUCUAGCAGGCCCUUACGUAUGGGGACAAUAUGAUCUACUGGUCCUUCCGCCUUCCUUUCCAUAUGGAGGCAUGGAAAAUCCCUGCCUUACAUAUGUCACUCCUACGUUACUGGCAGGUGACAGAUCCUUAGCAAAUGUCAUUGCACAUGAAAUUGCUCACAGCUGGAUGGGAAAUCUGGUUACUAACAGAACGUGGGAGCAUUUUUGGCUGAAUGAAGGCCACACAGUUUAUUUAGAGCGCAUGAUUGGAGCCCGGAUGUUUAAGGAGCCAUUUAGGCAGUUUGCUGCUAUGGGUGGUUGGAAGGAUUUGCAUGAUUCAGUAAAGACCAUGGGAGAGACCAGUGUACUGACUAACCUGGUACCUAACUUGAAUGAAGUUGACCCAGAUGAUGCAUUCUCUUCUGUUCCUUAUGAAAAGGGGUUUGCUUUGCUUUAUCAUCUAGAACAGCUGCUUGGUGGAAGUGAUGUCUUCAUGGGAUUUAUCAAGGCAUACAUUCAAAGAUUUGCCUUUAACAGUGUCACAACUGAUGACUGGAAAACAUUCCUGUAUUUAUACUUUGAUGAUAAGGUUGCAGUUCUGAACAAGAUUGACUGGAAUGCAUGGUUUCAUACUCCUGGAAUGCCUCCUGUACACAUGAAGUUUGAUAGCACCUUGGCUGAUGCUUGCAUUGCUUUGUGCCAACGAUGGAGCAAAGCUAAAGAAUCAGAUCUUGGUUCCUUCAGUGCCACAGAUAUCAAAGAAAUGUCGUCUCACCAGCUGAUCGAGUUCCUAGCAUUGCUCCUGCUGGAGGAUCCACUUCCAGUUACUCAUGUACAAAGAAUGCAGGCUGUUUACAACUUCAAUGCCAUCAACAAUGCUGAAAUAAGAUUCAGAUGGCUGAGACUCUGCCUUCAAGCUCACUGGGAUGAUGCAGUCCCUUUGGCCCUCAGGAUGGCUACAGAACAAGGUAGAAUGAAAUUUACAAGACCGCUCUUCAGAGACCUUUACAAUUUUACAAAGUGUCGCAAUGAGACAGUGAGCAAGUACAAGGAAUACAAGCCAAACAUGCAUCCUAUCACCGCAAUGCUAGUGGGCAAAGACCUAAAAGUGGAGUUGUCAGAAGAGUAAUGUUUCUAUAACGUCUGAAAAGAAGUUGCAACUUUUUGAAAAAUUUACUGUAGUCUGUCAUACAGGUUCUUUGUUAUAUAUUAUUUAAAUGUUGAUAUAAGAAAGCAAGGAAUACAUUUUAGAAAAAGCAUCUUCAAAAAAAAAUUUUAUGCAGAACACAUGCCAGUUGUAUGAAGACUGUAUGAAACAAGGGUACAUAAUUUAAAGUUUUAUUUUAUUACAUAAACAAAAAGACACAUUGAUGAGCUUAUUAAAUACUUGAGAUUAUGGUUACCUGCUGCAUUAUAGUGCAUGGAACAGCAUGUUACAUCUCAUUUUAAAUAUCAUCACCUUAACUUUGUACAAAAUUAGACAUAAUAUUUUUAAGAUGAAAUGUUACAUACUGAUCACACUUCUUUAAAACUGACUAGAAACACAGAUGCAAAGGCAACACUAGCAGCACAAAAAUUCUCCGAGAUUUAUUGUGAAUAAAACAAUACCAAAAGACAGUAAGUGCUUUCAUCCUUAAUAGAGAGUUCUUCGGACCAUUUAAAUUAACACACAAUGAAGUAUAUAUAUCCCUGCAAGUUAAAUGUCAGUCAAUUAAAAUUAAUUUAAGUGAAUACCACCUACUCCUGUGUAAUAUAUUAUGUAUGAACCUAUAAUUUAUAACAAUAAAUUCUAAGAUGUUAUGUCUCAUUUGCUUUCAUCUUUAACAAACUGCUAAUACUAAUAAUUUAAUUUAGCCCAUGCUAAGAUGAAACAUUCAAAAAAGUUUGCCACCAUAACUUCCUCUGUUUUAAUAUAACAGGCCAGGGUCCUCCCCUAGGAUGCUGUUCCACUUGUUCUAAAACAAAAAACAAUUGGUUGGUCAUGUUGCCUUUACAUCUGUGUUGCAUACUGACCCAAACAUUGUAAUACAGUAUGUGUCUAUGAUCUGUGUUGCUCAUAUCAUAACAUAAAUGGGUAUCUGUAGAUUAAAUAGAAAAAAAAAACAUUACUUAUGAGUACUUAGAAGAGUAUUAUA